AUGUGCAAUUUUUCAGUGAGUGAUGACAUGAUCACGAUCCCACAGCUUGCUCUUCUAGCGCUGAUCUGUGUCAGUGUUGGUGGUGGUGUUCUCUGUGUGUUGGCUGGGCUGCCUGCUGUCACAGCGUUUUAUCUCCCCCCAUCCUGGGGAAUUCCAUCCUGGGAUCAUCUGUCAGAGUGUGGAUCCAUCAUCCUCCACUCACUGCAACUGUCACCCUGCCACUGCCAGCCACAGAUACAGUCCAUCUGUGACACUGAUUUUGUCUUUAAUAUUGAUGCUGGUGGCAUCUUAUGGCAC